ACACACGCCACCGUUGGCUCGAGCAUUAUCGAUAAUCAUCAAUCUCCGUCAAUCCCAGCAUCAUUUCCAGCAUCACUGCCACCUCCACCGGAUCUUUGGCUGGGUUUGGAUCUAUUUUCUGUCCCGCCCGCUACCAUGCCUCCCCCUCAGAUUAAGCAAGACCUUAAUCGGUCCGGCUGGGAAACCACCGACUUUCCCUCCGUCUGCGAAAGCUGUCUCCCCGAUAAUCCUUACGUGCAGAUGCUCAAGGAGGACUACGGCGAAGAAUGCAAGAUCUGCACCCGUCCGUUCACCGUCUUCCGCUGGAAAGCCGACCGCACCGCCCGCACCAAGCGAACCGGCAUCUGCCUGACUUGCGCCCGCUUGAAGAACUGCUGCCAGUGCUGCAUGCUCGAUCUGUCCUUCGGUCUGCCCAUUGUCGUCCGUGAUGCCGCCCUCAAGAUGGUGGCCCCGGGCCCCGAGAGCACCAUCAACCGCGAGUACUAUGCCCAAGGCCACGAGAAAGAGAUCGAGGAAGGACGCGGUGCCCUCGAAGAAUACGAGAAGACGGACGAGAAAGCGCGCGAUCUGCUCCGGAGACUCGCCAACAGCCAACCUUACUACCGGAAACCGCGCCAGUUGGAACACAAGCCGACGGAGGAGGAGACCGAGGAGCCGGCGGGCGACGCGCCCGUCGUGCACAGUCGGUACGGCAACGGACCGGGCCCCAUCCGGACGAGCGACAGCCGACGGGGAACCGCGUUGCCUGGGCGCGGACGAGGCAACGCACGCGGCGGCGGCCGUGGUGGCCGGCCCUUCCCCGGCACGGCGCAGCUGCCUCCGUCGGCCGAGGAUAUCCAACCCCCCGCGGACCAGAAUAUUAUCACGCUUUUCGUCACGGGCGUGGAGGACGACUUGCCCGAAUAUGCCCUACGGGAGUUCUUCACGCAGUUCGGCCAGCUCCGCUCGCUGGUCUGUUCGCAUCGCGCCCACUCGGCGUUCGUCAACUAUGCCACGCGGGAGGGAGCCGAGGCGGCUGCCCGCCAGUGCCAGGGCAAGGCCGUCAUCCACGGCUGUCCGCUACGCAUCCGUUGGGGCAAGCCCAAGCCUUUGGACAACCUCGAUCGGGAAGAGCGGAUCAAGAAUGCCCGCGAGGGUCGAACCGCGGUGCCCAACGCCCGGGGAGGGGGGCAUGCUGCGAAUAAAUCGAUCACGGCCGCAGGCGAGGACGCCAACAAGCAGGAGAAGCCGCGUGCUGCCGUCGUGGCACCGCCCCCGGGGAGCGGACAGGUCACCUAUUCCAGCAUGUAUGGGGACUAGAGAGUACAUUUAUCGGUUGCUACAGGGAUCAAUCGGAAAUUGGGAGGGUCCAGGUGUAUGUUCGAAGCGGGCGUUGUCUGUUUAUAAUAUGUUCACAUAUGUUUUAUUUUUCCCUCUUUUCUUUCCUUUUCUUUUUCCAUCACAUCCAAAAAAUACCCCCCACGAUGACGCC